CGGGGAGCUAGUCCUGCUGCACAGCUCUGAGACGAUCCCCACCUUCACUCUGUACUCCAAUAUACAGCCACUGUCUUGCAAGACUUGUGAUGCUACAGCCAAUUCGGGCAGAGGAGGAUAAUGGGGAAGAAGCUCAAUCCAGACUCCAUCCACUAAAACGUACCGAGGGCAGGUCAGCAGCAUGUGCAGUAUGUCUGGUAGAUCGGCAGCAUGUCUGGUAGAUCGGCAGCAUGUGCAGUAUGUCUGGUAGAUCGGCAGCAUGUGCAGUAUGUCUGGUAGAUCAGCAGCAGGUGCAGUAUGUGUGGUAGAUCAGCAGCAUGUGCAGUAUGUCUGGUAGAUCGGCAGCAUGUACAGUAUGUCUGGUAGAUCGGCAACAUGUGCAGUAUGUCUGGUAGAUCGGCAGCAUGUGCACUAUGUCUGGUAGAUCGGCAACAUGUACAGUAUGUCUGGUAGAUCGGCAGCGUGUGCACUAUGUCUGGUAGAUCGGCAACAUGUACAGUAUGUCUGGUAGAUCGGCAGCAUGUACAGUAUGUGUGGUUAGUUUCAUUUUCGUUUUCUGAACAGGGCACUGCAUUGUUCCUGGAAGUCACAAGGUACAGUUAUAACCGUAUUUGCCCAUCAGAUACACGUAUACAGGGUUAGCAGACUCACAGACACUUUCUCAACCUCGGACAAGGAAGAGUUCUGUGUUUCAGGCGGGUGGAUACUGGAUUUGUUUGAAAGCUACUAAAAAAGACGUAAAAAGAAAAACAAAACAAAAUGUCCACUUUGCAAUUGCUUGAAGAUCUCUACGCGAGGAAGGUGACGUUCUCAGAUUCAGAGUUGUUCCGGUACAGAGAGUUUGCAGAACAGGUGGUCCUCACUCUCCUGCAAGAGGUUCAGAAACAGCGGCGGGACGGAGACCCGGUGAUCGGGAGUAAACCUAUCGGCACAGGGAGCGCCUUCGAGGGUGUGAAAGUGAAGCCAGAGCUGGAGUUUGACUUCAUGGUGCCGAUCCAGAACAACAUGGAUCAGAUCAUUUUUUGCGACACUGAUUGGAACGUUCCCAGCCGCUUCGGGAUUGUCAAGACUGGAUCUCAACCACAGGCUAUACUCCAUCAGGCAUCCAAGUGGAAGAAACCUGGAGAUUUUGAGACAAAGUUCUGCAAGCAUGUCAGUAGUUAUGGGUUGCUGCUGUCGGCGGAGAAGAUCCGGCAGUGGUUCCAGUCCCUGUCUGACCGCACUCUGCCAGCCCUCCGGCAGAUAUUCCCUGGAUCCACCUUCAGGUUCCAGCAGCACGGUCCCGCCAGGAACCUUAUCCUGACCAAGGAUGGGAAGGAGCUGAACAUCGACAUUGUGCCGGCUAUCAAGUAUGAGAACGCCUUCCUCGUUGCGAAGCAGUGCUCCAGUCAGAUCAUCCUUCCAAAUGAGGUCACAUGGAGGCUGUCCUUGUCCACCAGCGAGAGGGACUUUUUUAAGGAAAUGAAGCGUAUCCUGCCCUAUAAUUCCUGCCACCUCAAGUGCCUGCAGAUCCUCAAGUACCUCAGAGAGAACGAUGAUCAGCUCUAUCCCUCAUCCCAGUUCACCCACGGGCUUCAGUCCUACUACCUGAAGACCGCUCUCUUCCACUUGGUUAUGGAGUCCCCUCCCCAGGCCUGGGCUGCCGGCUGCCUGGAACAGCGGCUCAGAGAGAUGAUCGACUACCUGAUCGACAGAAUGGUUGAUGGCAACAUCCCGCACAUCUUCCUGGGGAACCAGCGCCAUCUGAGGAAUCCGCAAUGGCACCUGGGCGUCCCUCUGAAGUUCUUCCGCCACACCGAAGCAAACCUGCUGGAGGAUGUCAAACCAGAUACUAUGCAACAGGCCAGGCUGAGGCUGAUUCAAAUCAGGGAUAAUCUCGAUGGGAUCCUCCGCCAAUAUCUGAAAGAAUAUCUGAAUGGUGCUGAGAGCCAGUCCUGGUGUGUGGUGGCGUGAUGUGAACCAGCCCCACUUCCAUGCAAUGAGUAGUUCUUUAUUUACCAGCUGGGACUCAAUUAAUAUAUCUCUAUUAAGACUGGGUAUUCCACUACACAUGUUCAAUGAGCUGUUUACAUAGGGGCUUCCUACUUUAUAAGGGAGGGUGGGGAUAGUGAGCAACUAAGCAGAGCCCCCCCCCCCCCCUGUGUCAGUCUGUUUGUGUGCCAAAUACAAUCAUUAAUACCAGCCAGUACCACCCCAGUAUGAGUCGGGGGACUGAUCCCCCUGUCACACGGUGCUGCUAUGAUAUCCAGAUAUAAAUGAUACCUAUUCAUGCAUGCCAUUGUAAUGAAUAAUUCUGUACCCUCCUUUUCCUUGACUGUAGUGAAUGGCUGUGUAACGGGAUUGUUGGUUCUGAUAAAGCCUGGGUAGAUAGUUGGUUUAUGUUUUUCUGUAAUAUACCAUUGCUGUAUUGUAUCACUUUCUGUUAGACAGGUUUUUCCUUUGGAAAGAAAAUUUCAAUCUCAAUGGGAAUCACUUAAAUAAAUAAACUAAUAAUUACAAAAAUAAAAGCAAAACUGUAGGUUCCAAUUGAAAAACGCAGACAGUCUUCAUCUCCAUC